AUGGCCAAGGCCACGACUCAUAGCUCCUCUAGUAGAGAGCAACCUCGAAACACCAGCUCCACCACAGCUCCCUCUGAUGAAGAACAACACGGUUUGCUUGCUGGCAAUACCUCCGAUGAAGACGACGAUGAAGAUGGCAUAAUAGUACAUCCAGGCGACACUAAGGCCGAUGGUUCAGACGAAGAUCAUCACAGUUCUAUUCGACCUCCGCAUACUCCGAAAACCCCUAAUCGAGUACGUUUCGAUUUAGUACCUACAAACAUUCCACCGCCAGCGAAUGGCCACGAUUACUCUACCGAGCCCUCCGAUUACUUCGAUGUUGCCGAACCAGACAGUCCUAUCGGCGACGAUUCCACACCGCGACACCCUCUCUUAACCGAUAUCGAAGCACCGUCCGUAACGCUAGCAAAUAGUCUCGACAAUGAUGUACACGAAUGGGCUGAACGGGAACGUACUCGGCCCAAGUCGGGUCUACGUUCGGCGUUUAUGAAUAUGGCCAACAGUAUCAUUGGAGCCGGUAUCAUCGGUCAACCUUACGCAUUCAAGGACGCGGGUCUAUUAGCAGGCAUCAUAUUACUCAUCGUAUUGACCAUUGUCGUCGACUGGACCAUCCGGCUUAUAGUUAUCAACAGCAAACUCAGCGGCGCGAGCAGCUUCCAAGGGACAGUCGAACAUUGCUUUGGCAAAACAGGAUUGAUUGCUAUAAGCAUUGCGCAAUGGGCUUUCGCGUUUGGCGGCAUGGUCGCAUUCGGCAUCAUCGUGGGCGAUUCGAUACCUCAGGUUUUACAUACCAUCUUUCCUGGGUUGGGUAGUACACCUGUAUUAUGGAUCCUAGGCGAUCGCAGGGCGGCCAUUAUUCUUUUCAUUCUUGGAAUAAGUUAUCCUUUAACAUUAUAUAGGGAUAUUGCGAAACUCGCAAAAGCAAGCACACUUGCUCUGAUCAGCAUGAUCAUUAUCCUGAUUACGGUCGUCGUUCAAGGUGCUCUUACGCCAGCGGAAAACCGCGGCUCUUUUUCUUUACAAUUACUUACAAUUAACGAUGGCAUUUUUCAGGCCGUCGGUGUUAUUUCCUUUGCAUUCGUCUGUCAACAUAACUCUCUUCUAAUUUACGGUUCUCUAAAAACACCCACGAUAGACCGUUUCGCAAAAGUGACGCAUUAUUCUACAGGCGUCUCCAUGCUGGCAUGCAUGACCAUGGCCCUCGCGGGUUUUCUUACAUUCGGAGAUAAGACGCUCGGAAACGUACUCAACAACUUCCCCGCCGACAAUACGAUGGUUACUUUCGCGCGGCUCUGCUUCGGACUGAACAUGCUUACAACGUUACCGCUGGAGGCGUUCGUAUGUCGGGAAGUCAUGCUUAAUUAUUGGUUCCCUAACGAGCCGUUUAAUAUGAACCUCCACCUGAUCUUCAGCUCUGCAUUGGUCGUGUCGGCCAUGACGUUGAGCUUGGUGACGUGUGAUCUCGGUGUGGUUUUCGAGCUCGUGGGGGCGACGAGUGCCUGCGCGUUGGCGUAUAUUCUGCCGCCGCUGUGUUAUAUCAAACUAAGCUCUCGAUCGUGGAGAACAUACGUCGCUAUGGGCAUCGUGGCGUUUGGAUGUGCGGUUAUGGUUAUUAGCAUGUUCCAAGCUGUAGGCAAGGUGAUCAAAGGCGGGGGCGAGCCGUCUCAAUGCGUCUAG